AUGUCUUUGUUCUGGUUUGACCAACAUAAACAAAAGCUGCUUCUCACCGCCACCAACAACAACAUCAACUAUAACAACAACAAUAACAACUUCUUGUUAGUGGUGGUGAAAUUGCAUUUGGUUUUUAUCGCAUUUGCACUCUUCAUGCUCAUACUAAACCUUUUUACAUUCGUACAUUUGUGCCUUCUUCGUACAUCCUGCCUCUGUUUGGAAAAGAUAUUGAGGGAGUUUGGUUUAGAAGUUGCAGUUUCCUCAUUGCGCAUCUCAUUCCAAUCAUUCCACUCGUCAAUUUUACCCAGCGUAGCAAGUCGCGAUCUUCGCAAAAAGGUGAAGGAACCAGUCUGCAGGCUGCCUAGAUGA